AGUAUGAAGCAGCUUUCACGGAGCUUCUGAUAACUAAUUUCAAGCAUGGCUGUCUAGCGUGCCUGUCACUCCUAUUGUCCUCCCAAACUCUUUCAGACAUUUUGAGCAGAGAGUAUUAAAGCUAUGAGUUAGCAAGGGUUGUGACAUUAAUGGUCCAGAAAGGCUUUAGGCACGCGAGGCAAUGAUGAUUACCGGUGGCUCUUUGGAGGACUGCACUGGAUCGCUGUCAUUAAAAAUUAAGCGUGGCUUUUGAGGAAGAUGUGACAACUACCGGAGGUCUUUCCGUCAUUCCUCCAGGACUUCCACCAUAAGGAAAGGAGCCCCUGGACCAACAUCCUCUAAGAUGUUUAUAUGGACCAGUGGCCGGACCUCUUCAUCUUACAGACACGAUGAGAAAAGAAAUAUUUACCAAAAAAUCAGGGACCAUGACCUCCUGGACAAAAGGAAAACUGUCACAGCACUGAAGGCAGGAGAGGACCGGGCCAUUCUCCUGGGACUGGCCAUGAUGGUCUGCUCCAUCAUGAUGUACUUUCUGCUGGGAAUCACACUCCUGCGCUCAUACAUGCAGAGCGUGUGGACCGAGGAGUCUCAAUGCACCUUGGUGAAUGCGUCCAUCACAGAAACAUUUAAUUGCUCCUUCAGCUGUGGUCCGGACUGCUGGAAGCUCUCUCAGUACCCCUGCCUCCAGGUGUACGUUAACCUGACUUCUUCCGGUGAAAAGCUCCUUCUCUACCACACUGAAGAGACCAUGAAAAUCAAUCAGAAGUGCUCCUAUAUACCUAAGUGUGGAAAAAAUUUUGAAGAAUCCUUGUCCCUGGUGAAUGUCGUCAUGGAAAACUUCAGGAAGUAUCAACACUUCUCCUGCUAUUCUGACCCAGAAGGAAACCAGAAGAGUGUCAUCCUAACCAAACUCUACAGUUCCAACGUGCUGUUCCAUUCACUGUUCUGGCCAACGUGUAUGAUGGCUGGGGGCGUGGUGAUCGUUGCCAUGGUGAAACUCACACAGUACCUCUCCCUGCUCUGUGAGAGGAUCCAACGGAUCAAUAGAUAAAAGCAAAAUGGAUGAGAUCAUUUUCUUUAAAGCUCAAAUACUGUUUUCUUUCAUUCUUCACCAAAGAACCUUAAGUUUGUAAUGUGCAGUCUGUUAUGAGUUCCUCAAUAUAUUCUUAUACAUAGAGCAAUAAUGCAAAAGCUGUUCUAUAUGCAAACAUGAUGUCUUUAUUAUUCAGGAGAAGAAAUAACUGUUUUGUGUUGGUUGUUUUCAUAAUCUUGUUUUGAUGCUGGAACUAGUACUUCCUUGUCUCGUUCCACCAAAAUAGGGCUCAGUUAUUUAUUUGCCAAGCUUUGUGGAGGAAUGUAGACAAUAUCAAAGUGAUAAAGUCUGUGUUCUCAAUUGUCCAAUCUCUUGAAGACAUUUCUGCAAUAUUUUUCAUCAUUCAUUGUUUACUAAAGCUGCAGCCAAAAAUAUUCUUUCUUUUCUUACUCAAAACUGAGCCCUGUAAGCAAGUAAAGGGACCAGAUUUCCUAACUAAAGGAUGUUAAGCAUUUUCCUUAUAUUUCUACCAUAUCACUGUAAAGAAGGGGGGAAAUCCAGACAGUUAUUUCUCUUUUAUUAUUUUCUAUUCAUAACUUCAGAUUUUUUAACUGAUUUCCAAAAAAUAAGCUGUUUUCAUUAUCCAAUUCUAUAACCUCUUCCUGUGAUUUAAAUAGAAAAUGAACAGAACCCUUUUCCAUUAAAGACCCUGCUACUGUGUGAGGAGAUAACACUUAACAAAGAGUUUCAUUACCUGUGAAUUGACUGAACGUUGAGUAAAUGUACCAUUGCCAACCAGGAAGGUCUAUGUCACUAAGAUAUUGAUGUGAAAAUCCUUAUUCUAUUUCAAUUGAACUGUUAGAUGGUAAAAUUAAGAUCCUACUUGCUGGUCAAGACUGGUGGACUGAUUUCAAUGGAUAAAUCUAUUGUGGCAAAUUAACAUAUUGGAAUGUUACUCUUUGGGAACUUAUUUUUAAAUGAGUGUGUAGUCUCUCUUUCUGACAAGUGUUCCCCAUUGGGAUUUUAAUUCUGUGUGCAGAGAAUAUUUGUCUCCUCUACAUGUUUUAUUUUUCUAUUUACAAUUCUCUUUUUUGUUGCUAGAUUUUAUACUCAGAGUAGACCUUUUUCCUAACACACACUUAAAAUGAAUAACAGAUCUAGAGGAAGACUUUGUUCACAUUGCCCUUUACUUAUCGUGUUGCGGGGAGGCGGGGAGGUGGGAGCAGAAUGAGGGACUGGUUUUAAACAAAAACAUUCCAUCUUUUAUUUAACAUCAAUAUCAAAAGGAGAAGACAAACAUUUAUCUUUCUCAUCUAUAUUUAAGUACCCUUUUAUAACAUAGUAUCAAAGUUUUCUAGAUAUUGGGAAAUUUUACAAAACGUAUUUGUGGAAUGCAUGGUGAAACUAAUCUGAUGAAGUGGAAAGUUUCCUGCAAUACUGUAAUUCAUAGUUUGAGUUUCCAUAAGCACUUAAAUCCUUACAGUGCAAUUGGGGCUUCAAAUGUGUAAUUAAAAUUUUAAAACACAAAAUC